UAUGCGAGUGCCAAUUUGUGUACACCUUUGGAGACAAGUGUAUGCCUUUUUCCUUUUGUCUCUGUGCGACCGCGUCAGAAAUGCCCGUUGGCCGUUGUUAGGCAACCGGGUAGAAAUGGAGAUGAGUUUUGGAUGAGGCACAGCCUGCGUGGAACUGGUCCUACCAGUCCUAAGAUUCAUCUGCCAGAGGCUAGCGAGUUUGGACAGUGGCAGCGAAAUCAUUAA